AUGGACCCCGUGGAGCAGUCCAAGUCGCCUAGUGACCAGAAGAAGUACCGGCUCGUGACGCUCUCGAACGCCUUGCAAGUGCUGCUCAUCUCCACGUCUGAAGUAGCGCAUGUCGUGGCUGCUGUCAACCGCGAGAGCGAGAGUCACCACGAGGAGGACGAGAGCUUAAGUAGCGCUAACAGCAGCGGCGAAAGCGAAGACGAUGAUGAAGAUGGUGAUGGUGCAAGUGGCUUUAGUGGAGAAGAAGACGACGACGAGCCAGACGGGACCCCUCCACGUCGGGCGGGUGCGUGUCUCACUGUUGGCGUGGGCAGCUUUGCCGAGCCGGACGCGCUGCCUGGUCUUGCUCAUUAUCUCGAGCAUAUGCUCUUUAUGGGGAGUCAAAAGUACCCAGAUGAGAACGAGUUUGAGUCGUUUUUGAGCGCCCAUGGAGGCUACAGCAACGGAGCCACGGACAAUGAAGUCACGAGUUACACUUUUGAAGUCGGGCCAGCCCAUCUGGAGCUCGCGCUCGAUAUGUUUGCCCACUUUUUCAUCUCGCCGUUGCUUAAAAGAGACGCCAUGGAGCGAGAGCUGUCGGCUAUUGAGUCGGAGUUUAGUCAAGCGACGCAGAACGACAGGAUUCGCACGCAGCAAGUCUUGUGCGAUGUGUCACCUGCUGAUCAUCCGUACCAUCGGUUUAGUUGGGGAAACCGAAAAAGUCUACAGGAACUGCCGGAGAAGGCGGGAACUGAUGUGCGCAAACACAUUCUAGCGUUUUAUGAAACGUACUACUCGGCCAACAUCAUGAAACUCGUCGUGUGUGGUGAAAACAAGCUGGAUGAGUUGGAACAGUGGGUGACAAAGUCGUUUAGUGCUAUUCCAAACAAGCAUGUGGCGGUGCCGUCGUUUGACUCAGCGGGUCCGCCAUUUGGAGCCAAAAGGGCUGGCGUGUCGUCGUUCUUGUGUAAGAUUGUUCCUGUCCGGGACAUUCACACGCUCCAUCUCGACUGGAUGAUUCCACCAGUCCUUGGGCAACAUCAUCAGAAGCCUGCGGACUACUUAGCUAGCCUCCUUGGUCAUGAAAGCGAGGGAUCGGUGCUGUCGCAUCUGAAGGAGAAGGGCUGGAUUUCCGCUGUGACGGCCGGUGUGACCGACACGGACGGCUACGACUGUGGCACGUACGCUGCAAAGUUUGACAUCACUAUGAAGCUGACAUUGGAAGGCAUCGAUCAUUGGGAAGAAAUCGUGCACGCUGUUUUCGAGUAUCUGCAUAUGCUAAAAGUAAACGGCUGUCCGGAGUGGGUGUUCGACGAGCUGGCAGCGCUGGCCGACAUUUCUUUCCGCUUUCAAGAAGAUGAAAGCGCAGUCGAACGAUGCGAAGAACUGGGUGAAACUAUGCAGUCAAUGUUCAAAGUCGCGCCGGAAGACAUCUUGCGUUACGAUCUUUUCAAGGGCGCCUUCAAGAAAGAACUUGUUGAGGACAUCGUAAAUCAUUUGACCACCGACACCGUGUGUUUGUCAAUCGUGUCACAAACAUUCGAACAAUCUUCUGAAUUCCAGGCGAAGGCAGUCAAGGAAGAGUGGUUCGGUGUUCGGUACACGAAAGAGGAUAUUGCAGAUGCCAUUAUCCAGCGCUGGAGUAGAGCAGAAAUGAACCCCAAGCUGUAUUUGCCUCGACCAAAUCUGUUUAUUCCGCGCGAUUUCUCGCUCAUUGACACGACUGGAGCCGAGGACCUUGUGUGCGAGACAACAGUAUUUGGGAAGCUAUGGUACAAGCCGGACCGUGUGUUCGGCACACCUCGCACACACGUUGCGCUGAUGUUGUACUUGCCAAGUGUGGUGGCCAACGUUAACUAUUGGGUUCACACCCAGUUGUACGUCAAACUCGUUCGGGAUGCGCUGAAUGAGUGUGCGUACCACGCAAAUGUAGCUGAGCUCAUGUAUUCGCUCCAAGUGAAGGAGUCCGGGCUGGAAUUGGUCUUCGGUGGCUUCAAUGAUAAACUACACCUUCUCGUCGAUGUGGUGGUUGCAGCUUUGUUUGGAACUGAAAUCAGCAAAGCACGGUUCGAAGUGAUGCGCGAAGAGUUGCUGCGCGAGUCAAAAAAUUCGAUCACGAAGGUUGCUCAAAAAGCGAAGUAUCUCCGGUUGCAACUUUUGGAAAAUCAUUCGUUUCCUUUGGAGGCGUGUAUGAAUUCGCUUGAGAUGAUCACGGUGGAAUCUAUGCAAAACUUCGUCUCGAGUCAGCUAUGGGCAGGCAAGACUGGACUCGCCGGUUUUGUACAUGGAAACACACCGCACGAUGUCGCUUUAGAAUUGAUCGCCAAUGUCGAGAAGCAGCUCCAAGAGGUGUCAGCGCCGUUACUUGUGCGUGAUUAUCCCCGACGCCUCAUCAGCAAUAUUCCACAGACUCCAAUGGGCUUCCUGUUGAAGGAGCGUAGCGAGAACAAGUCUGAGACGAACACGCAGGUGGAGCUUUACUACCAGAUCGGCCCACUGACUUUGCGCACACUGGCCUACGCUGACUUGUUGCAUCAGCUGAUGGGAGAACCACUAUUUGAUACCCUUCGCACCAAACAGGAGCUGGGGUACGAUAUCUCGUGCACUGUUCGUGUGACAAACGGUAUUUUGGGUUUCGGUGUGAUGGUUCAGUCGUCGCUGUUCGGUGCCGAUUACAUUUCUACGUGCGUCGAUCAGUUUAUGGUUGACUUCGAAGAGGCAAUUGAAGUAAUGGCGAACGAGCAUUUUCAGGACCACAUUCAAGCGCAAAUUCUCUUGAGACUCGAGCCCGACCACAACCUACUCGAGGCGACACAACGCUACUGGUACGAAAUCUCAUCACGUCGAUUUGCAUUCGAUAUGAAUGCCCAGCUUGCGAAGGAGAUGGAAACACUGACCCAGAGUGAGAUGGCGCAGCUUUUCCGCGAGUGGAUUCUGCAAAAUCCCAAAAAGUUAUCCGUCCACGUUAUUGGCCGUGGUAGCACGGCCGAAAAGGCAGCCCGUCAAGAGCAUAAAGGUGCUACCAAGAAUGAGCUUGCGGAACUGCGUGCGCUACCCCGACCCAUUCGAAUUUGCGACUUGCGCCUGUUCAAGUCCGAGUUAUCUUCCUAUCCUGAUCCCAUCGACGAGGUCACCACGGUUGAAGCAGAUGAUCAAGACAAGCACCUCUUGUUGUAG